GAAGCUUUCUACUACUUAGUGAGUGCGACUUCUAUUCUUUACACACUUUUAUCUCCAAACACUCACCUCAAAGUCACCACCAAAAGAACACAUUUUCAAGCCUAGAAAAAUGUUAACUUCUACGUAUAAUCGCAAUCAAAUCCUCUGUUUCAUCACACUUUUUCUCACACUAAUCUCUUUAACCGAAUCUCGAUACCAUCACCACAAAGACAAACACAAACGCAAUAACCAUAACCACCACUCCUCAAAACCACAGCCGCCUCCUUCAUCCAUCUCUCAGCCUCCUACUCCUCCCCCGGGCCCCCCUGAUACACCGGCACCCUCACUGCCACCGUCACCUUCCGACGAGCCUGAAGAAGACAACAACGGAAUCUACAACGUGAGGAAGUUCGGUGCGGUCGGAGACGGUGAAACCGACGACACUGAAGCAUUCAAAACUGCGUGGGACUCGGCUUGCAACAACGAGAACAACACGGAUUCGGUGUUGCUUGUCCCUUACGGCUAUACAUUCAUGAUUCAAUCAACCAUUUUCACCGGUCCUUGCCGCUCUUACCAAUUCUUCCAAGUGGAUGGGACCAUUGUAACACCAGACGGACCAGAGUCGUGGCCGAGCAAUGUGAGUAAGAGACAGUGGCUUGUCUUCUAUAGAGUCGACGGAAUGGCUUUGAAAGGCGCCGGAGUUAUCGACGGCCGGGGACAAAAAUGGUGGGAUCUUCCCUGUAAACCUCACCGGACUGUCAACAAAUCAGCAAUUGUUACCGGUCCUUGCGACAGCCCCAUUGCUUUGAGGUUCUUUAUGAGCUCGAAUCUAAGAGUGGAAGGUCUACAGAUAAAAAACAGCCCGCAGUUUCAUUUCAGAUUCGACGGAUGUCAAGGAGUUCACGUCGACUCCCUUCACAUCACUGCUCCGCCGUUAAGCCCCAACACCGACGGCAUCCACAUCGAGAACUCAAACUCCGUUACCAUAUACAACUCCAUCAUCUCCAAUGGAGAUGAUUGUGUAUCGAUUGGCUCCGGAUCCUACGAUGUUGAUAUACGGAAUCUCACUUGUGGACCCGGUGGCCAUGGAAUUAGCAUCGGAAGUUUGGGCAAUCACAACUCACACGCAUGCGUCUCAAACAUAACGGUUAGAGACUCAAUCAUAAAAUACUCCGACAAUGGAGUUCGGAUCAAGACAUGGCAAGGUGGGUCCGGUUCGGUCUCAGGCGUGACGUUCAACAACAUCCACGUGGACUCAGUCCGUAACCCAAUCAUCAUUGACCAAUACUACUGCAUGACCAAAGAUUGUGCUAACAAAACAUCUGCCGUUUUUGUAUCUGAUAUUGCAUACCAAGGCAUCAGAGGAACUUACGAUAUUAGAAGUCCUCCGAUGCAUUUUGGAUGCAGUGAUGCAGUUCCAUGCACAAAUCUAACUCUCUCCGACAUCGAAUUGCUUCCAGCCAAAGGCGAUAUCGUUUUCGAUCCGUUUUGUUGGAAUGCUUAUGGAAUUGCGGAAGAGCUUUCGAUUCCUCCGGUUUGGUGUCUCAUGUCCGAUCCUCCCACGGCGUUGCAAAGAGCUCUUGUUGACAAGUGUGGUUCAUCGUGAUUUGCAAUUCAUCUAAUCGUAAAGAUUGAGAAUAAUUGAGUUAGACAAUAUAUUCUAAACCUUUUACGAGAUUUUAGAGAGAAAAAAUGUACAUAAAUCAUCAUAGGAAACACUACUCCUUGAUGAUUUUUCGUUGAGGAGUGGUACGUUUUAUUUGCCUCUCCUAGUAUUUUAAAAAGGAACUCUAUGAUCAUGUUCAAUUUUCAUAUGAUGAUUCUCUAGUGUUGUUUUACUAAGGAUGGAAAAAUUAAUACUAAGACUGCAUGUGUGUUUAUUU